GCCCUGGUUCGCCUCCAUGAUCAAAUCCCGCAUUUCCCCUGCCCAAAUCCAUCAAUCCAAUAAUUCCACAUUCAUUGAUUUUCCAUUAUUCCACCAUCGGAAACCCUCGAGACACACUGUGUGUGGCCGCAAAGUAUGAACAACAGCCAUUGCAGCUGCAGUUGUAGCAGCAGCAGCAGCAAUAGCGGCGAUCACCGUCAUCCUCCUCCUCCUCCUCACCACCACAAGCAUCUCCCCAAACGCAUUAUCUUAGUGCGCCACGGCGAGAGCCAAGGCAACAAGGACGACGCCGCUUACACCGUGAUCCCCGAUCACAAGAUCCCUCUGACCUCACAGGGAUUCGAGCAGGCCGAGCUCGCCGGGUGGCGCAUUAGGGAUGUCAUUUCCGAUCAGGGAUCCUCCCGCUCCUGGAAGAUCUACUUCUAUGUCUCCCCUUACGAAAGGACCCGCUCCACUCUCCGUGAGAUCGGCCGUGCCUUCCCCCGGAAACGAGUUAUUGGGGUGAGGGAGGAAUGCCGGAUCCGGGAACAGGAUUUUGGGAACUUCCAGGUCGCCGAUCGGAUGAAGACUUCCAAGGAGAACCGGGAGAAGUUCGGCCGGUUUUUCUUCCGCUUCCCUGAAGGAGAAUCGGCCGCAGAUGUUUUUGAUCGGGUUUCCAGCUUCCUUGAAUCGCUUUGGAGAGACAUAGACAUGAACAGACUUCACCAAGGCCCUGGUGAUGACUUAAAUCUCGUGAUCAUAUCCCACGGGCUGGCUAUACGCGUCUUCCUUAUGAAAUGGUUCAAGUGGACGGUGAAGCAAUUUGAGCGGUUGGGUAACCUAGGGAAUUGUGAGUUUCGUGUCAUGCAGCUGGGAAUGGGUGGAGAGUAUAGUCUAGCAGUGCAUCAUUCGGAGGAAGAGAUGCAGUCUUGGGGGCUUUGCUCUGAUAUGAUAGCAGACCAAAAAUGGCGAGCUAAUGCCACCAGGGGUGACUGGAAUGAAAGAUGCCCCUGGUACCUUGAUGCCUUUUUCGACACUUUUGCCGACUCUGAAGAGGAUGAAGACAAAGACGAGAUUGAAACAGAAUCUUUGGAAAACACUUGUGAUUGAUUCUAAUUAUGUGUAUACUUUUUUGUUGGAUAGGUCUUCUUAUUCCCUGCAAAAAGCCAGAGGAGUGUCACUUUCCCUCUCCUACCAGUGCUACAUACAUGGAGUUGUGAUGUGAACCAUCAGGUUCAAGGCCUGCAACUAUUGGUGGUGAUGUUUAUGGAAAGGGGAGAGAAAUAAUGUAAACACAUUCAA